UGUGCAUUGAACAAGUUAAUAAGUUUAUAUUUGAAUUAAUUAGAAAUAUUGAGUAUCAAUAAAAUUGAGUAUGGACAAAAUAUUUGAAGUCAAUAUUUCAAUAUUCAUACUUAAAUAAUUGCGUUUGCAAACGUUUCAAUGUCCGAUCGGGAACCGUGAAAGCCGAUUUAUCAAUGACUAAUCGCAAUUUAUCCUAAUGCAUCAGCGAUGUCUCAAAUCUCACCGCUUUUGAAGUUCCUCUUGUUGCUCCUUUUGCAUUUAAGUUACCACAGGGCGGAGCCCCGUCACGAAAGACGCUACCCUGAACUCAAGAAGCAUAAUUGGCACGAGAGGGCAUCUGCGGUUGAAAGAUUUAGCAGUUCUGGAAGGCAUUUAAAUAAUAGACAUGGUCAUCAUACGCGGCAUCAUGCCGUCUUCACCACGACUACCACCCAGUCGCCCUACGACGCGUUGUUGAAGAGAUUGCCGAGCAGAGAUCAUCAUCAUAAAACUGAUUCUGACUACGAUAAUUAUGACUUAAAAUGGUUCAAUGGAAGAAAAAGAGCUAUAAGUCACCAUAAAAAAUUUCCGUCCUAUCAACACAGAAAUUCUGAUGUAAAUGAUUAUGAUAAUUACGACGCUUUUGAUGACGAAAAUGAUGAUUUAGAUCCAGAUUAUGGAUUUGCAUUUACGAGAUCUAAAAAGCCUCAUCAUAGGGCUACAACUUUGGCACCAAGAAGUUUGGAUACAAGAAGGGAUUUUAUGCAAAGUGCAUCGGAAAAUGCAGACUACGAGUAUUACGAUGACGAAGAAUACAAAGAAAACACGGAUAAUAUGAAUGCAGAAAUGAUGGAAUAUAAUCCAAGAAGUGGCAUUUCACUGACAGAAUAUAAAUGGAGGCAGUUGGGCACCAGCGAAAAUGUCGACCGCGACUUUAUGCGCCUUCAGCAAAAAAAUAAAAGACAUCAUUCGCAUCGCGAAAUGCUUAUGCUUCGUAAGGACGUGGUGGAUCGCGCGACUGCACACGCGCAGCGCAUGCACAAGGCCCUGCGCUGCGGAGUGCCGCUGCCGCGUGUUAUCAACGUGAGGAGCGAACAUCGGAAUUCAGCCGCCAAAAGUUAUCUGCCGCGAUGCACUCUGCUGCACAGGUGCGGAGAAGACGCUGGAUGCUGCCGAGAGGACGAGAUAUGCGCUCCGAGCAAGACCAGAAUAGUACAUCUCUACUUCCAUACGGUGAGCCUAAACAACAAAUCAAGCGUAGAACGUUUAAGUUUUGUGAACCACACCGAAUGCGCCUGCGUGGACCGCAGAGUGGUUCCUGCACCAGAGGAAGAAACCGACACCAGCACCAUGGAUGAAGAUUCUGAAAGGGAAUCGAACGAACGCAGCCAGGCCAUGUCUGUAAUCAAAGUGACUGAAUCUCCAUUAGAAUCCAAGGCUAAUCCACAGGGGUUGAGUCGGAGAUCGGCUGCUACGAACCAUGGAGCUGGUGUCCAUAAUGUGCAAGAAACACAAGAUGAAGAAGGAAAGUUCCAGAAAGAGCAACAGGACAUUCUUAGGAGGUGUCGUUGUCCUAGUCAAUUCAGUGCUCAUCUGCUCCAGGACGGAGAAUGCCAAUGUGACUGUUUCGAGGGACAAAAAGACUGCGCCAGGAUUAAACGAGGAAAAGAAUAUUUUGGCAUUACUGACAGGAUAUGUAUUCAGCGAGGAGAUUGUAGAUUGCCACAAUGUGAAUUCGGAGCCUAUAAAAGGCCAAGUGGAAGAUGUCCAAGAAGACAAGAAAAACUGGAAGCGAUGGGCAGAUAUGGAAAAAGAUCGCUAAUGUUUGACUGAAGACAUCUACAUUUUCGCUCAAUUUUUUGAGAUCAAGUAAUAAUUGAUUGAGUUAACAUCUGCUGUAGGGCAGGUGACUCAAAGUCGACAUAGGGCCUUCAAAAGGCGCUUGCAGAAAGGAAAAAAUUAAAAAGUCAAAACAUGCCACGAGAAAUCAAGUGCUCAAAAUAUUAC